AUGCCCGACUUCAGCACAGAGCUCCCUGCAGGCACCGCGCCUUCCGCUGCCCAGGCCGACUGGGGUCCCCACCGCCAGCGCAUCCCGAUGGGCACAGGAGAACGCAACUUCUGUCGGAGCAGCAAGAGGGAAAGAAGCCUGACGCCAAGGAAGCCCUGCUGUACCUGUGACCUGCGGAGAGCACAAGCGAGCUUCGGGUCCCAGGGAAGUGGCCCAGGCCGCUGUGUCCCCAGCCCAGCCGUCAGAGGCACUGUCUGCAGCAAGGCGGCGGGAAACUGGACAGGACCAAGUCAUCUGCUGAGGCUCAACCAGCGUCACCAGCCCACGGCCUCCAGCCCUGUCCUGUGGCACAGAGCAGGUCCCUUCAGGAGGAAGCCGUGUGCCCUCUCCGCCUCGGGGAACCCCAGCCUGGCGGGCGCCGGGCUGCCCGGGGGAGCUGCGCACUCAAGCUCUUGGACUUGUGUACACGGCUCUGCUGCUUCAGUGCUGUUCUCCUCUCUGUCUACCCGGAGGGUGAGGUCGCGUCUGACCUCUCAGGUAUCAGAGUGCUCACUGCAGAGCUCUGGGUGGCUCCUCACGGCACUUAGGGGAGGGAGCCGGGAAGGGGUGGUGCCCCCUCCCAAGCCUGUGGUGUGGUCUCUGAUCUGCAGUGGACUGACAGGCCUGAUGCAGUCAUGUGCUGGGGCUGCGGGAACGAAGGACCACAGACUGGGCGACGGAAAUGUUUCUCUUCUCAGUUCCAGGGGAGUCACCGGAGUCACUGGUCAAAGGAGUAGAGAGUUGCCUCCCCUUACCUUGUCUCCCUUGUCACCUCCCCGUGUCCCAGCGUCGUCCUUUCAGCCAGUCUCUGGCCUAAACCCCUCUCCCCAUAAGGACACCAGUCAUACUGGAUUCACAAGCUGCUAUGAUUUGGACAUGUCUGAGUUGUUCCCCAGAGCUCUGUGUUCUAAAAGCUGGACCCCUCCUGUGGUGAUGUUGAGUUGAAGGACAUGGUAAGAGACAGGGAUGGUGGGAGGUGAGUGGGGCACUGGGGCACUGGCCUUGGGAGGAAUUCAUGUUCCCGGGGGACCCCAUUCGUUCCUUUGUGAGCAAGCUGUCAUAAGCAAGCAGGCAUCUCCCAGAAUCUCUCUUCCUCUUGCGCCUGACCCCUCCAUGUGCCAUUGACCAUGGUGGGUUGUGGCCAGGGGCCCUCACCAGAAUGAACAGAUCCUAGCUCCAUGUUCUCAGCCCUCCAAAACCGUGAGUUAAAUAAACCUAUUUUCUAUCUAAUUACUAGCCUCAGGUAUUUUGUAAUAGCAACACAGAACAGACUACUA